AUGAACUUUUGGAUCAAUCGGGUUUUGAUCUGUGUAACUAUCCAAAUUCUCAUUGCAGAUAAACUUUUCACUCAAAGUCUCCCCAACACGCAAGAUGACCUUCAGUUCCCCAAUGUAAAAGGUGGUGCUGCAGGUGAACUUGAAUACAAAAGAUGUAUUGGAAAAGAUUGCAAUCAUCUCAUUAACCGUAGAUAUAAUCCGAUUAAAAAACGACAAUGUACAAAUCAAUCUCCUCCAACUUGGGGUCUCGCCGCUUGGAUUCCGACUCUAUUUCGCCCUCCUGCUGGUCUUGGUGACUCAUGCUCUCCGAAAGAUAAUACUAGUAUGCAGAAGAUAGAUAGUCUCGCCAUGGUCAACCCCCAAACGAAAGCACCGGCCGCUUCAGGUAGUGUAAAAGACGAAUCAAAGGCAGACCAAAAGCGAUGGUUGGAUGCUCAUAAUAAAGUCAGAGCAAGUUAUAAAGCUCCACCUUUGGUUUGGAACAAUCAAAUCACACCUGCAGCAAAAUCAGAAGUUUCAGCUUGUAUGUAUGAUCACUCUAGUGGACCUUAUGGAGAGAAUCUUGCAGCUGGUGAACCUAAUAUUGAAAAAGUUGUAUCAGAUUGGGUAAAUGGACCAGAAGAAAACUUGGCUUAUAAUCCUUCAAAUCCUAUGUAUUCACAUUUCACUCAAGUGAUUUGGGUAUCAACUAAAUCUCUUUCAUGUGCAAGAAAAUUAUGUUCACCUUUAAUAGAUCCAGAAUCACCUGGUCCACCUGACCCUAUUGUUUUUUGGGCAUGUGAAUAUUUCCCGCCGGGAAAUGUGAUUGGACAAUUUGAUCAAAAUGUUAAAGCUGGACCUGGUGGCGUGCCUCUCAAGUGA